AGGGAGGAGAGUCAUGCCAACACUCAGUGAGACGUGUACGUUGAGAGGGUGUUGAUACGUACCACCUGUGAGUAGAAUCUCGGUCUCUCAUUCGUGAAAAGUUUGUUUAGCACUACAGAGAGCGAUCAGAGGUACGCGUGGUAAUCCUACAGUGAGCUGAGAAGUGCAAAAAGGAAGGAUGGCCGGAUGUGAUGUUCACUUGAUACGUAUAUUGCUAGUGUUUUUGGCUCUUUCGUGCCUAGCCUCGGACUGGAGGCAAAUCUGUAUUUUAGACGAGCAUGUGUAUACUCUCAGAGAGCAUGACAUUGCUUUCUUCCAACCACCGAAUCUGAAUACAGAGAUUACAAUACAAUCCGACUCGUGUCAAUUCUUUAAGAAACUGAAAUUUCAUACACCUAAAAAACUCGGAAAUAACACACACUUGCAAGAUUCUAGAGGUUGGCAGUGGUACGAGAUCAGCUUUUUCAUAGAUGAUCCCGUCUUUUACGUGAUUGUAGAAGCCCAAAACACUUUAAAUGCUUCCCUGACAUGGGACCCUCCUCCUGGUUGUAAUAUAACCCAAGGAGUACAAUUUAGUUUUGAUGAUUUCACAGUCCUCGGCAUUGAUUGUCCUCAACAAAUAUCUGAUCUCGAAGAUUCAUCUAUUUAUGCUUUCAAGAAUACUUACCAGGACGAAACUUAUUAUAAAAGUAGCUAUAGUGGAAGCCAUAUUAUUUUCAUUCCAGUGGGUGCCAUCCUUGUUUGCCUGAGUGUGUGUUGCCGUUGUUGCUUCCGCCACAGGAGAACUUUACGCCCUGUCAGGACUAUUGCAGUUGUGAGAAGUGUCGCAGCAACUCCAGUCAUUGUUACAACACAGCGGGAUGUGGACCAUCCUCCCUCUUACAAUGACAUCCAGAACGAUUGCGAGCAGCCGCCACCAUACUCAGAAAUCGAGAAAGAGUGCUCACCACCGCCUACGCAACUGGCCUCAGCAGAGACAUCCACAAUCAGUACCACAGCCACGGUAGCUCAUACUUCAGACGUCACAGAGAAUCCUCGUUUAACAAGUGCAUCGAGGAUUUUCCGAAUGUUGCCCUCACGACCUAAGGCUCAGUUUUCCUUCAAGCCCCUAAAUGAGGAGAACUAAGAAGUAUCUACCUUAUUCCACUCGUCCCUUUUUUCCUAUUCAUGGAACAAAUGUCCUCGGUGAGAAGAAAUGUCAGAAGACGACCUGUAUAAGGUAGACUGCUUCAUGCUAGUACAGUUUUUGGAGAAAAAGAGCAAUGUGAGAGUGGUUCAAGAGAUGGUGCUGUCCUAUUUGGCACCAGGUGGCUCCCUUUGAGCGUGUCUCUGCAGACCUUUGGUUACAUCGUUAGAAGACUGACUAUGGGGCUUCUUAAAGCCUCGGUUUAAUAGACUUAGUUUCUACACCAUUAAUUCAACAACCUCUUUUCAACACCAUUGGUUCAACAGCUUUGUUUCAACACCAUUGUUUCAACAGCCUUGCUUCAACACCAUUGUUUCAACAGCCUUGUUUCAACACCAUUGCUUCAACAUAGCAUCAAAACUUUCAUGUCACAAUAAAGGAGACUAACCAUUUAGCUCUAAAAGAAUCGGUAAAAUUUUGUUGAGCACCGCAAUAAUGUUUUUAAUCUAAAAAAAUGCGAGUUUGACCAUGAGGUUUCUCCAUGUAGCCUGAUGUAGAAUAAUUCGUGUACCAUACAGUGAAUCUUUAUUGUAGUACUAAGAGCUUACAGUUUUGAAGUGAUACUUGCUAUAUUUCAGUAUAAUAAUUGCCUUCCUUAAUAUGAAAUGGCUUAUAUAAAUGUUUAUGUAAUAUGUAAUUACCAAUAUCUUUGCCAGAUUUCUUCUCGAGACAACAUACUCUUCUUCCAUUAAAGAUGUGUUUCCUUUAUGUCGAGGAAGAAUUCUUAAUCCAAGGAAUUAGAGCAAUUCCGUGCCUUUUCUUGGAUCGAAUCUAUUCACCUCGCAUUACCCAAGGCGCUGUGUGACCCUUACAGGUUUAACGCGUCACCAUGAGCAUGAUAACCCUUUUAUAUGGCUACGUGUUGUGUAGAUGGGCUAAAAUAAAAUGACUGUGAUUUUAAUUAUUGCUGUGCUUUUUGGUGGCUUAUAAAGUAUUUAUGGAUUUUGAUUUAAGUUUAUUUUGAGCAUUAGAAUUUAUGAAUGAGACGCGAUUUUUUUCAAGGCUCUCAAAGCUACAUUGCUAUAUAACGCAUAGAGGUUUAGAUCUUAAUGUAUAAUAAUAAUAAUAAUAAUAAUAAUAAUAAUAGCUACUUUAAGUUCAUGAUCCAAAUAAAUGUCGCGAAUCUGAACUCAUAAUUACCUUUUAUAACUCGAGAUAAAACCAAAAUCAUUCCAUUCUGAUGAUAAUACAAACAACUAUUAUUCUUGUUUCUUGAUAUUAAUAAUGUUAAUAUAAUAUGUUCAGUGUAAAAAUAUUAAAAUGUUUUCCAGAUUUUUGCCACCAUAAUAAUUAAAUGUUUUGUAAUGUUAAUGAAUAUAACAAUAUAAAUGACUCAUUUUUGCUGUUAUUGUCAAUAUAAUAAUUUAUAUUUUAUAAAUGUUUAAUUUUUAUGUAUAUGUUUAGGUUUAUCUUGCUCAAUAAAUUGUUACUUAUAUAAUGAGAAAUUGUUAUUUAUGUAAGUAAGAAUAUAUUCAUAUAUGCUUGUGUGGAGUAUACUGGCAGCUUUCUAUAAAGUGGAGUAUACGAGUAUUUUUGAUAGUAUGCACUACUGACAAGUUGAUGGAUGAGACAUGUGCAACACAAGUUGAUGGAUGAGACAUGUGCAACACCAGUUGAUGGAUGAGACAUGUGCAACACAAGUUGAUGGAUGAGACAUGUGCAACACAAGUUGAUGGAUGAGACGUGCAACACAAGUUGAUGGAUGACGCGUAUGUGCAACAGUGGCUUUAACAAUUCAAUGCAGAGGUUAAUUUGAGGUGUUGAAACUGGAGACAGUAGAAGACGAGGUAAUUAGUCCUUCAUCCUAGAUGGUAUUCACCGUAGUCUUGAAUCUGAGUUUCAUUAGGCUACGGUGGUGAGUGCCAUCCAAGCAAAAGGACUGUUUACCUCGUCUUCUACUGUCUCCAGUUUCAACACCUCAGAUUAAUCUCUCUUGAACUGAUAAAACCACUGGCUGGCUUUAUCAAUUCAAGAAUAAAGAUACUCAGGUGUUGCAAAUGUGUCUCAUUCAUCAACGAGUAUGUUUAUAUAGUAGAGUAUAUUUGUAUAAAGUUAUUUCGUACCGAAGGCUGUAUGAAAAUGAGUUAUAUCAAAAUAAUUCAAA